AUGGCAAGAAUAUCCAACAACAUGAGGGGCUUUUACAGGCAGAAGAAGAAGAACCACAUCACUACCACUGCAGGAGGCAUCACCAAAUCAAAAUCUUCCAAGUCAACCAAAACCCCAUCUUUUGGUUCCGAUAUCACCCAAACUCCCGCCCUCGAUGUCAAAGAACGAGCCUUAAGGCAAUUUGAUAUGAACAUGGCAUAUGGACCGUGCCUUGGGAUAACGCGGGUGGCUCGUUGGGAAAGAGCUCAAAGGUUGGGGCUGGACCCUCCUAAAGAAAUUCAAUAUCUUUUGAAAGGUGGGAAUGUGAAGCUAGAGUGUUUACUUGAUGAGAGUGUUUAG